AUGCAGAAUGAAGAUAAAAUUUUGGAACACCUGGUAUCAGUGGAGAAACUAGCAAAUGAAAUUUUAUCAGAUAGACAUGAAAUUGUUAUGCUUGAUAAAAGAAGAAAUCAAAACCGUGAAGCUUUACGGGACUUAUCCAAAUCUUCUCAGAAGAAAUGUUGGGUGACUGUAGGAUCUGUGUUAGUCAAACAUAAUCUGGAUGACACAAGGUUGUUGUUAGAGAAUGAUCAAAAACAACUCACCGUUGAUAUAAACAAACUGCGAAGUGACCUCAAAGUUAAAGUGAAUAGUUUAAGAGAUUUGGAAAUGCAGAAACCUAUUCCUGGAUUGAUGUUAGUUCCUCUGUCAUCUAAAGAAACAGAGGGUUUAUCAAGCUCUAAAUUGAUUCCUUCUUAA